AUGGCUCUGGUACUGAACAACUCGCCGCAAGGAGAAAAUCGGACAGCGGCGAUUUACAGCGAAGGCACAUUGGAAUGGGACCUCAAACACAAACGAUUACCGCCUCCGGGUAUUCGCGUGCAGCGGCAAGAUGCUCACUUUGGCAUCCGCCAGAAGCCCAAGGACUUGUGGCGCAAAGCAAAAGGUGCCCUUAUCACGUCAAGAAAAGAGCUGCAGAUAGGGCCGCAGUUUCACUACAGCAAGCUUGGUACGGGAGAGAUUCGGAUUCUGAGUGUCCAGCCAGGGAAAGACGACGAGCCCCUAAAGGCCACCCUUUUCAAACGCAAAUUGGAAGAUGUGCGUAAUGGAUACGAGGCGCUGUCUUACACAUGGGGGAAUCCCAAAGAAAAGCCCCUGGAUAAGAUUAUGAUACGCGACCUGGACGCAGCGCUACCUCAAGCAGUAAGCAUGAAGACGGUAGUCCAGGCUGCCGUCUUCAAAGGCUGGGGUGCACCUUUUUAUAUUCGAAGUAAUCUGAAUCGAGCACUCAUGAGGCUGCGGAAAAUGACUGAUAGCCCUAUCAAUAUCUGGGUAGAUGCAAUAUGCAUUGACCAGUCUGAGUCGGGGCACAGAGAAAAAGAAGAGCAAUUGACCAUGAUGGCCCAAAUCUACAACUAUGCUUCCCAUGUCUGCAUCUGGCUGGGCGACGGCAUUGCGCAUGCAGAUGGUGCCUUUGGCCUCGUCAGAGACAUUAUGAACUUUAAGAAAUUCGAUACAAAAGUUAAAAGCUCUGAGACUAAGGAAAAUUGGAUUCAACUCAUUGAGGUUAUGAAGGCCCCUUGGUUCAGUCGACGGUGGAUCAUUCAGGAAGUCGCUCUUUCAAAGAGCGCAUCGUUACAUUGCGCCGACCAGGUUGUCCAUUGGGACGACUUUGCCGAUGCUGUCUCGCUUUUACUAGAAAAGAUUCAUGUUUUGAGAACCAGGUUUGAUGAAGAAAUAUUUGAAGACGUUGAAACAACAAGCGCUUCAAUACUCAUACAAUGCCUGGACAAUAUUUGCCACAAGUCGUACACGGGAGACGUGUUGGCCAAACUACUAGAUCUCGAAACUUUGGUCUCAACCCUUCUUGGUUUCCAAGCGACGUCGCCUCGAGACACCAUCUACUCAGUCUUAUCGCUGGCUAAUGACCCUCCCGGCGAAGAUGAGCCCUGGACCGAAAUCCAUUCUGAGCAACUCGAGAGUAACUGGAGAAAUGACCACGAGAUGCCAUUAAGCCAAGAUCAAUUACGCGAGUUGAAAAGGAAAAUCGCGUUGAAACCAAAUUACGCCAUCAGCACACGAGAUGUUUUCAUCGCAUUUGUCACUCGUUCAAUCUGUAAAUCGAAAAGCCUAGACAUCAUCUGCCGGCACUGGGCACCCAAUGUCACCGAUGACGAGUUUUCAGAGAAGGUUCCCAUGCCUUCGUGGAUCUCAAACAUAUACAACGCACCGUUUGGCGGGCCGAAUUCCUCGAAAGGGCGGCAGAAUGGUGAUAAUUUUGUUGCAUAUCUUCCUCAUGACCGACGGAAGCGAUAUAGGGCUUGCGGAUCCUACUUGGCUGAUGACUUUUCCAUGGCUUUGGAUCCAUUCCUCCAAUCCGCCGAAGGUCCAUCUCUAAGAAAGAGCAUGAAUAGGAACAGAGCCCAUAGCCUUCGGACGCAAUUUCCUCUGCAGUCUUUUCCCUCACCUCGUCCCAUCACGGUACUAUCUCCGGUGGAAAACUGCUCACCCUUGAUUGAACCAUUUCCAGAUUUACAAAUUAGCACCGCAAAUAGUUUGUCGACUCCGCCAUCUCCAACGGCAGUAGAGGCUUCUUCGCUUUCAGAAACCAAGAGAGUCGGUGUAGCACCCGCCGUCACAGUUAGCGACCCCGCGGGGGGGACAACUGGCAUAAGUCCGGCUUUAAAAGUUGAAAUCCCACGAUCUCCUCGAGUCAGUAUCUCUGGAAACAUCAAGUCCCGUCAAAGCUCUAUCCGGGUUGUGUCAUCGGAUGUAGAGAGAAAGUAUCAACUCAGCGGCGUGAUUAAAGCCGGUGGAAUCGUGCUUGGCAAGAUCAAAUACCAGUCCGAUGUUAUGCGAGGCGGCAUCAUCCCUGGCGAGUGGGUUACUCGGCUAGGCUGGAGGGCUGGAGAGAAACAGAACAAAGUCCCAGACACGCUCUGGCGACUGUUGGUGGCUGAUCGCGCUGCUGGCGGUGGGAAACCGCCAUCGUGGUAUCAGCGGGCAUGCUUGCACGGGCUGGUUGACCCUCGUGUAUCUGACAACGAGGGCAAUAUCCAUUCGGUCACGCCUCCGAACCGAAAGAUUUCAGAGAUGACGACGGAAUACUUUCACCGCGUUGAAGCUGUGGUUUGGAACAGAAGAUUGUUUGAAGCCGAGGCCAAUGUCAGCCGUUUAUCCAACGUCCAAGUUCUUACGCCAGAGACCAAGCAGGCAAUGAUCAUUUUCCGCAAAGAUAUUCGCCUCGGGUCAGCAUCAGGGCCUAAAAGUCUCUUUGGACUCGCAUCUAAAGAAGCCGAGGACGGUGAUUUGGUGUGCAUUCUGUUUGGCUGUACAGUUCCUGUCAUCCUAAGGCUUAUAGAAGACUUGGGGCUUUAUAAGCUGAUUGGAGAAGCAUAUGUGCAUGGUGUUAUGGAUGGCGAAGCGAUGAUCAGCAGCGAAGUGGUGGAUGCGAUGAAGGUAGAUUUCCAAAUAUGCUAG